GUGGCACCACCGUCUUUGCGGAAGCUGAGCUACUUCGGUCCGAAGACUGGCGAGCUUCUCAAUUUUCUUCUGCGAACACACGCCACAACUCUGCGAGAAGUCUAUCUCUAUGGCAUGAACUAUUGUGACAAGGUGGUCAAGUUGUUGGCAGACAUCACCCACCUCCACACUCUUGCCUGCCCGCUUUUGGUUGGUUUGGAACUUCUACCUCAGCGCCAUUCUCUAAAGUGCCUUAAAAUUAACGUUCUGGUCGAGGACUCUGGGCAUGCUGCACAAAGCGCCUUCUCGAGUACCCUGACUCUUCUGCAAACAGCUACCCAACUUACUCGAGUGUGCUUGAGAACGCCCAGACUAGAUGAUAGCUUGUGGACGAUGGGCCUGAUCAAGGCCUUGGGGCACUCACGCCAAUCCGCCAUCUCUUGUCUUGAAUUUGAAAUGUGGAGAACUUCUGAUGAUCAGAUGCGUGACAUCUUAAACAUUGUAUCAACACUUCCCCUGCUCGAGAAGUUGACUGUGGGUUGUGUCACGCCGUACAUACUGAGCGCCCUGCAACCCGGCACCAUACCUAAACUUAUUGAGUUGUCAGUUGAGACUGUAGAAGACUGCUGCCCUUGUUGCAGCUGGAGAAUGCCCGAAAGCGACCUUCAGGCCGCCUUGUGCGCCGUCAUCAUACGGCACCAUGCGAGCCUUGGACGCCUGAAGACCAUUGACAUCUCGGAGGAGGAAUCCUACUCGGAGUUUGGGUCCGACUCGGACGCAGAGUCCUACCCGGAGAGGGUUCACAUUAGCUCUGCGGGUCUAAAUGUGCUACUUGCCUCUAUCAUGAGUGUCGAAGGGCUAACAUGUCUGAUAAUUUCCACUGACAUCAAGCGCAUUAA